GACAGUCAACAGAAUUCUAUUUUCUUUCUCUCUUUCUCUCUUCUCCUCUUUGUCUCUCCCAUUCAUGGUGGAUCUUCCUCAGGCUCUUGGCAUCUCCUUUCGAAAUUUCUGCAAAUCCUACAAAUCCUUCUUCAAAAAAUGGCAUUCUAAGGCCAAGAAUUCCAAGAAGGAUGCCGAUGUUGUUGAUACCAAACACGACGCCACCUCCGACGCCAUUGGUAACAAUGGACCUUCUAAGGAUCAUGAGGAAGUUAAGAAAACGGAAGGACCGACGACGAUGAAAAGUGUUCAUAGCUUAAGAUAUGGAGGUCAGAGUAUGAGAGAGAAUGAUGCGACAAGUUUCAGGCCGCGAAGCUAUGACAGCGGAGUCUCUUCUCUGUCACGGAAUGCGAGUCGGAGAGGUCAAAAUCCGUCGUCGACGUCGUCGUCUCUGUUUCGGAGCGUGAGCCGGAGGAGCACGGAAUCGGUACCGUCUCGAGUGAGCAGCGGGCGGAGAAGUAUUGAUUCGGUUUCGUCUUCUCCAUUGCUAUCAAAAAGUGGUAGCCGGAUGAGCACGACGCCGAUCAUGUUCUCGAAUUCCUCCGGCUUACUGAAGCCGGCGCCGAUCGAGAAGCAGCUCGAAUGCACGCUGGAGGAGCUCUGCUUUGGGUGCAUGAAGAAAAUUAAGGUCACAAGAGACCUCAUCUUGAUCUCAGGGAAAACGAUGGAGGAAGAAGAAACACUGACAAUAAAAAUAAAGCCAGGGUGGACAAAGGGAACUAAGAUAACAUUUGAAGGAAUGGGGAAUGAGAGACCUGGAAGUUAUCCUGCCGACAUGUCGUUUGUGAUAGUUGAAAAACGACACCCAUAUUUCAAAAGAGAAGGUGACGACCUAGAGUUAACAGUGGAGAUCCCUCUACUGAAAGCCCUGAUUGGUUGCAACAUUUCAGUGCCUCUAUUGGGAGGAGAAACAAUGAGCUUGAAGAUACACGACGUCGUUUGGCCUGGGUAUGAAAAGGUCAUUCAAGGUCAAGGUAUGCCUAAACUUAAAGAUGAUAAGAGAGGCAACUUAAAAGUUAAGUUUUUGGUUGAGUUUCCAACCGAAUUAACUGACCAACAACGAUAUGAUGUUUGUCGAAUUUUAGAGGAUUCUGACUAUUCUAAAUAAGGGAAUUUGGAUUUAGGAUUUCACUAUUUCAUUUCUUUUAUAUUUUUUGUUUGAUUGAUUGUAAUUUAUAUUUUGGCUUUUUGAGUGAAAGAAGAUUUUUUAAAAAAUCCAUUCUUUGCAUUUAAUUGAGAGGGGGAAAAGAGAGAGAGAAAAAAAGGAGGGAAAAAGAAAACCCUUCACUUUAUUUGACUAUUUAUUCAACUUUACCUAACUAGGGCCUUUGUUUUGGAAUGCUCAUCCCUUAAGGCCCUAACCUAACUCUCUGGGUUGUUGGGCUUUUUAGUCCUCAUACUACUUAUCAUCUUUUAGAGUUGGUCUAGGGUUGAUCGUUAAACUCAGAUAAUCCCCAAAUUAUGUGAAUGUGAUCUUAUUCAAUUACUUAAAUUUUGGGUGAGUAGAGUAAGGUUAUAUAAUUCACACUUCAAUGUAAUGCGAUCUAUUUACAUCGAAUUAUAAAUGUUUGAUGAGUUUUAUAAUUUAUGGAAAAUUU